AUGACCAGGCAGAAAUUGAAAAGGAACAAAUUUCAAAUCAAAUAUAUCAUUUCAUUUCUCUCGCCUAUAAAUACCCCACUAUUUCCCGAUCCUUUCCAACAUUAUUUUUCCUUCCACGUCCAAUGUCGUGCAGACACCAGGCCAUAUGAGACACGACUUGUUCGUCUCACUAUCCAUACCAACAACCAAACCAUGAAUUUCAACUUGUUCUGGCUCUUCGUGUUUGCUAUUGCUAACGCCCACACGGUGUUGUUGGCUCCAUACGGAAAGCAAUGUUUCUACGAAAACUUGAAACAGAACGACGUGUUGUCCAUCACUUUCCAAGUCGGAUCCAGAGACCCAAACAACGCUGAACAAUUGACCGUUGACUUCCUCAUCAUCGACCCCCGUCACCGUGUCGACCGUUCCUUGCACAACGUUGACCACGGUGACGAGACUAUCAAGGCUACUGUUGAGGGUAAGUACCAGUACUGUUUCUCCAACGAGAAGUCUAGCAGAGCUGACUUGGACGUGUCUUUCAACGUUCAUGGUGUGAUUUACUUUGAUGCCGCUGACCCCAACUCGGACUCUUUGGAUUACUCGAUCCUGAGGUUGAGACAGUUGACAGAUGAUGUCAAAGCCGAGCAGAACUAUUUGGUGAUCAGAGAGAGAACACACAGAAACACGGCAGAGUCCACCAACUCGCGUGUCAAGUGGUGGUCGCUCUUCCAGAUUGUUAUGGUUGCAUUGAACUGUUUGUUCCAGAUCUACUACUUGAGACGUUUCUUCGAGGUGCGUUCUGUGGUCUAA